AUGCCGGGCAUUAACCAGGAAAAACGAAAGGCUGCUGGCGAGGAAAAGGAUCGCCCGAUGAGUCCUCUAGGGUUUGUAAAGGACGGUGUGAAUAUGAAUUACUAUGAUGAUAAAAAGCUCCAGGACGCGGUUACGCCAUUUAUUGUAGAGAAUAUUGAAAGACUGAUCGGGGAUGGCUUUAAACGUGACAGGAUACGGCGUCCGCAUUUUAAGUGGGAUCCACGAGUAAUUAAAACGUUGGUAGAUGUAGCCUGGCCGGCGACUUUGCAAUUCGUUAUUCAAUCCGGUAGCUGGAUCAUCGUCGGGCGCCUGGUGGCUGAAACAGGAAGUACAGAAGCAGUGGCAGGUUACCAGGUGGCUAUGCGGAAUAUCGUGUUCUUUAUAUUACCUGCCUGGGGACUCAGCAAUGCCGCUGCUGCGCUUGUGGGUCAGAACCUGGGAGCCGGUGAACCAGGCCGCGCCGAAAAAAGCGCAAUGCUCACCAUGAAAUACAAUGCUAUGUUCAUGGCUGCAGUGAUGCUCAUUUUCCUGUUUCUUGCUACACCGAUCAUGAACAUAUUCACUAAAGAACCUGCUGUACAUGAAUACGGAGUACUUGCAUUACAGAUAAUCGGUGCCGGCUAUAUAUUUUAUGGUAUUGGAAUGGUGAUGAUACAAUCACUUAACGGCGCCGGCGAUACAAAAGCUCCUACCUGGAUCAACUUUGCAGGCUUCUGGCUUUUUCAAAUUCCGCUGGCCUAUACAUUGGCAAAAGGUUUUAACCUCGGGCCCGUAGGUGCAUUCAUCGCGAUACCUGUUGCUGAAACAGCAAUCGCAAUAGCCGCGUACAUUAUUUUUAGAAAAGGUCGAUGGAAGACAAUAAAAGUAUAA